AGUUAAAAGCACUAUCGUGUCGGCAGAACCGUUACAAUGUGCCCGAUUUAGUGGCGACUGGUCCGCCAGUACUCGGUAAAAGCUGCGCGAGGAUUGAGAUCGAACAGUCUUAUUCCGAAAGGUCCACAAACAGCACGUACAAUGCUGGUCUUCCUCGCAAUCACGCUGGCGGUAGCGGCCGCUGCACCUCCAUACGAUCAAAGACAAGACGGCGACUUUAAUGUGCAGGCGGACGUGCAGAAUGUCGUUCUAUUGGUAGCGUUGCCAAAAAAAGUUCCCUUCCUUCUAGAUCUAUUCUCGAAGAGCUCCAAAAGCGGUAACGAGCCGAUUGCUCAGGACAGAGCAGAUGUUCAAGUAAUGGAGGCUUUUGUGGAGCCCAGCACACCGUACCGUGUCGAAAUUGGCCCAGAGACUGAAAAAUAUGCGGAUAGUGACGGGAAAAGUGCUGAGGUGGUGAUAGCCAGCAGGAGGCAUAUAGACCCGGAACCGUCACAAGAAGAUGAGAUGAAAUUAAUUGGUGCUACUGAACAGUGUGGUCCAGGUCGCCAGAGAGAUCCAGUCACGCUCAUGUGCAGGCGUAUAGAAGAUUCAGAGAAAAUUCCCGAAGUAGUUUUAGCUUCCUCGUAAAACAAUCUCCGCCUAACUCCAUUUAACUGUCAUUGUAUUGUGUGCCUUUCUUAUGUGAUUUAAUUUUUAGUAAUUUAUUAUUUUCUUUAAUAAUAUAAGUAUUAAAAUAAAA